AUGCCGGCCCACAGUUCCUUCUCCCCCAUCUCCUCCUCCACCGCCUCCAGCAUACGUGGCUUCAUCAAGUCCAAACUCUCUCUAGACAAUGUUGGUAUUGGUACACUUGGAUCAUCUGUUGGAAUGGAAACUCCAGAGGAAACAUUGAUUAGGAUCGCUUACGGAGGCUAUCGUUGUCAUGUGAAUGCCACAAGUGGUGGGGGUACAUACUCUCCUGAAGAUGACGAUGAAUUUCCAUUGCUUUGA